AAUGAAACUCGACCGGCUGUUUGGAGAUAAACACCUGAAAGAUGAUGACAGACAUCUGAGAAUGGCUUCUGUUCACUCAUUCGACUUGGCUUGAUUCUCAUUCCAACCACUGAGCAGGAUGAAGGUGAAAUGGACCAUGCUGGGCAUGAUUGUCUUCUUCCUGCUCUCUGUGGUCAUGACCUGCUGCUUCAUAUGGCAGUACAAGAAGCCCAAGCUGAAAGCAGAAAUGCUUGAAAAAGAAUCAGGGCAGAUGUGCCCUCGCUUCCCCGAGCCCGUACCCCUCAAUCAUCCCAUAUCAUCACUCAGGGUGGCCUUAGAAAAGAUCGACGUCCUCCUGAGGUCCAGCAUACACACCACGCUGCCAGCUAUAUCCGCCAUCGCGGUUUUAAACGGCUCGGUUCUGUGGAACGGACACUUUGGGAAGAGGAACAUAAGUGACCGCUUCUCCAAAUCACCCGACGAAUACACGCUGUACAGAAUUGCGAGCCUUUCGAAGAUCUUCCCGACACUGAUGAUGUACAAGCUGUGGGAGGAUGGCAUGGUGACCUCCCUGGAUGACCCUCUGGAGAAGUAUGUGAAUAACUUCACCAUUAAAAACCCACUGGGGAAAAGUGGGAGGCCAGCAUCCUCCUCUGGUAGGACCCUCAACAGCCGCUUCCCUGGGCUCAGCCUGCGUCGCCUGGCCAGCCACCUCUCUGGCUUACCCAGAAGGUUACGAUCAACUAAUCUACUGUGGAAUGGAGACACCCCAGCAGCCCUUACUUUGUUACGGGAUGAUGUUCUGGUGGCAGAUCCAGGCACCAGAUGCCAUUACAGCAACGUUGCUUUCUCCUUACUCGCCAACGUCUUGGCCCAGACGGCGGCCACUUCAGACUAUGAGGCCUGGGUUUCCGACAACAUUUUGGAGCCUCUCAGAAUGAAGAACACUGGUUUUACCUUUACUCCGGAUGUCCAGAGGCAGAUGGCGGUAGGCGUGUACCGCAACGGCAAACCAGCUCCCCUUUACGACCUCGGCUGGUACCGGCCGGCGGGACAGAUGUAUUCCUCGGCAGCUGACAUGGCCAAGCUCAUGAUGGCUCUUCUGGGAACAUAUAAUAUCAAGCUGCUGCAGCAGGACACCCUGAAAACCAUGCUGACUCCAGUGGUCAGGUGCCACAGCGGCUACUUUGCCAGCUCCACGGGAACACCGUGGGAGAUCAACGAGCAGCUCGGCUAUGACGUGGUGAAGAAAGAUGGCGACCUGGACGGAUUCGCCGCCACCCUCUCCUUGGUGCCGCAGCUCAAGUUGGGCUUGGCGAUCUUUAUGGCUGGGGCUCGACCCAAGCAGAAGGACCUGGUGAGCCAGGCCUAUGGCUAUCUCAUUCCUGCACUGGAGAACGCUUUCCGGGAUGCUCGUCAAACAAUCAGACCUCCGCCUGACCCAGCGCCGUAUGCCGGCUUCUUCACUUACAGGAAUAUGACUUUCUAUGAGAUCAAGGCUGAUUCCGUCGGGGUUCUGGUCAUGAAGCAGUUUGGGCCGCAGGUGGACACAACUGUGCCGUCCAAGUAUCAAACUAUUUGGCUGGAUUACGUACAAGACAGGGUGUUCAGAGUGGUGUUUGAGAGACCAUACCCAUGCAAGAUGAAGAUCAACAGUGUCUCAGCUUCCUUGGAGGCGCAGGAUGGACAGCUCUUCAACUUUUACAAAUUCAACCAGAAAGAUGUGUCCCCUGGGUUUGACUCCCCGGGACUCAACACAUACAGGGUGAUGAGGAUACCCGGCAGACCAUACUUCACCUCAUAAAGACUUGGAAAAACUCAAGACUCGGGCUACAGCAGCAGAAAAACUUGACUUGGAAAAACUGCACGAGU